GACGAAGCACCUACUACUGAACAGGCAUCACACGCCGGCUCCACAGACGUUCACUCUUCCAAAGCGUCCACGCUGGCUGCUACUGGUCGAGCGCAGUCCGAUGAGCGCUAUAAACAACUCAUGCAUGCGAGUCACGAGGAGCUCCUCUCGGAAGCGUACGAUCAAUUUAAAGUCUCCUUGACUGCCGCUCAGAUCUUACUCAUUCGGAAAGGCGAGGAUUUUAUGCAAAUGCGCGCUCUGGAGGACAGUCCUGGUCAUGUGCUCAAGCCUCUGGGUGUAGGAUUCAUGUUGCGUCGAUGCAUCGCCCCUCGAGAGUUCGAUCUUCCACAAUUCCAGAUAGAAGGUCGUCUUCCACUACUGGCCAUUGACCUUACCGAUCAAGUUCUCGAAUCCCUCCUGGAUAUAGUUGCUCAUCUACCUCUUCCUGAAGCGAAUCCCACUCAACGAGUACCAACAGACCCCGAGGCUCUUCUCAAAGAUGUUACGUUCUUUGAUGCUCAAACGGAGGAUCUAUUGCCGGGUCAGUUGAAGGCCGUUCAGGUUCUGCGGGCAACCAACAAAAUCGUCGUCAGAGCGCCUUCCACUUCCUCUUCCGACGACCCAGUUGAAGAUAGCACUGAUGUCUUCUUCGAUCCUCCUGAAACUCCUCGUAGUCCUUCUUCAAGUGAACCAGCUCCUCUAAAGGUUAUUUUUCGAAUUUUUUUCAUUUUUUACGCAUUUUUAAGCAAUACAUCAAUGGAUCCUUCUUUAUUCUAG